AGGAGGGGAAGUGGGAAGCCAGCUCAGCCCGCUCCCUCCGCCCUCCCUCCCUCCGCCUCUCUCCCUCCCUUUCUCCCUCCCUCUUCAGCUCGGUCUGGGGGUCUGGGCCAGCAACAAGCAGACAUGGGCCAAGGAGCCAGAGACUGCCCAGAGGUCGGGGGUCCGUGGGCCGCUGUGGAGGCCGCUGGACACAGGGUCACCAUGGGGACAGCUGUCCUGGGCCUCCUCUGCGCAGCGCUCUUGCACCCUCUCUUGGUGUUUGGGGUCCCCGCCGAGGAGCCCUCCUUUGGGGAAGCCGUGGCCUCGGGUCCCCCUGUGUACUGUCAGCGGUGCUGUGACUCUGAGGACCCCCUGACCCCUGCCGAUGAAGCAGUGUCCUCGGCCUCUCCGGCUGCCCUCCCAUACCUGCUGCCUGAGGUCAGGCCCUACAUUAACAUCGCCAUCCUGAAGGGUGACAAAGGGGACCGAGGCCUGCUGGGCACGCCGGGGAAGCUGGGCCCGGAGGGCGCCCAGGGGGAGCGUGGCCCGCAGGGCCCCAAGGGCGCCAAGGGGCAGGCAGGCAGCCCCGGCAGCCCGUGCCAGACGCGCUUCUCCGCCUUCUCGGUGGGCCGCAAGACGGCGCUGCACAGCAGCGAGGGCUUCCAGCCGCUGCUCUUCGACACCGUCUUCGUCAACCCCGACGGGCACUUCGACCUGGCGGCCGGCCACUUCGUCGCCCCGCUGCGCGGCCUGUACUUCUUUAGCCUCAACGUGCACAGCUGGAACUUCAAGGAGACGUACGUGCACGUGGUGCACAACGAGGAGGCGGCCGUCAUCCUGUAUGCGCAGCCCAGCGACCGCAGCAUCAUGCAGAGCCAGAGCGUGAUGCUGGCGCUGGAGCUCGGGGACCGCGUCUGGGUGCGUCUCUUCAAGCACGAGCGGGAGAACGCCAUCUACAGCGACGACGUGGACACCUACAUCACCUUCAGCGGCCACCUCAUCAAGCCCGAGGAUGAUUAGUGCCCCCAGCAGGGGGGCCCUGGCCCCGGGGGCGGGGGUGCGGGGUGUGGGCGGGGCCGUCCUCCUGCAGGGCCUCAGUGUGCCCCUCUGUAAAGUGGCCCCCGGGACCUGGCGUUCUGGGUGGGCUUCCUCUUCUUUCCUUCCCUCCGACACCUCUCUCUCUCUCUCUCUCCUCUCUUGCACGUAUUUUAAGAAGUCCUCUAACCUAACUAUUCUAGAAUGUUCCCAGCUUUUUAGAUCAGCACCUUUCAAACUUGAAUGUGCAUGUGAACCACCUAGGGACGGGGCUAACAUGCGGAUUCUGCUUCUGCUUCUGGAACGGGCCCAGGGUUCUGCACCCCUAAGAAGUGCCUGGGUGAUGGGGAUGCUGCUGGCCUAUGGUCCCCACUUGAGUCACCAGGUUCCAGAACUUGCACAACAUUCUUAGACUUCCUAAACAUUCUGGAAUCCUCCAAACAUUCUACACUCUUCCCGACGUCCUUCACUUCUCUUAUCCCUCUAGGAGCCCCCCGCCUUCCCCUGUCCUCUUGCUCCUUCCACCUUCUCUGUCACUCUCUUGUGCACCCCCCCAUGCAGCCUCUGUUCACUCAUUCAUUCAUCAAACGCUUGCUGAGCUCUCACUCUGGGCAGGCUCUUGGUGGGGGCGGUGGGGGAGCUGCGGUGGAUCAGACUGGCCCUGCCCUUGGUGACCGCCCACUCCAGCCAGGGUGGGGAGACAAGGAUCAGGGAACCAGCCCCAGAUAAGUGCACGGGGCUCUCAUCACAGAAGUCUGUGUCUGGGCGUUCAGCCACCGUGGCCCCUCCCUACCCGCAGCUCCCCAAGGUGGGAUAGAGCCCCCAGGAUGGGGGUAUCCUUACCCUUGUCCAUUCCUUUCCUUCCUGCCCAGCGCCCUUCAUUAUAGCAAACCCCAGAGGGGCCUUGGUCAGGGCAAGGGUGCUAUGAGGGGAGGAUCCAGGGGCCUGGGGCAUUGGGGGGUGAAGAAGGCCCUCGGGGAAGGGAGCCCAGACCCUCAGCUCCUCACAGGCCCGGUACAGUACCCUGCGAGGACCCCUCCCCUCCUCACACAUCCCCUUCCCCACCCUGUCAGCCCACCCUCCCAAAGGUGCUUGGGCCUCCGUUCUCCCAGGCUCCCGGCCACUGUCAGACACUGACGUCUGUCCCCAGGUGCUCUCUGACCCUCCUUGGCCCCUCUUGCCAGCCCAAUGUCCCUGGCUUUCCAGGCCUGGUUAAGGUGCUGAGGCCCUGGUGGGCAGCUCCUGCCCGGCAGAGCCCCCUGCGGCCUGCUGCUGCUCUCACACAAGCCACAGGGCCACGGGCCGGGCUUCAUACCCUCAGCAGGUCUAGGGAACUGAAGCGGGUAACAUUCCAGGUCAGCCAGGGGGGAGCCUCCUCUGAGCCAUGAUGCCAAGACAGGCACCGGGAGAGACCAAGGCCAAGCAAGGCACAUCGGGCCUUCUGUCCUUUCUCCCUCUCCCAGGGUGGGGCAGCCUGGCGGUCUCUGGCCUUCUUCUCUCCUUAUCCCAAGUGGCCUGAACCUCUCUCCAGAGGGAAAUGGCCUCUACCCGUUGGUGCUGAUGCCGACUCCGGGGCAGAGGUGGCCCUGGCGGCAGUCUCCGGUGCUCACUCAUAGCCGACAGAGUCAUGGCUAAGUGGCUGGGGGCUGGCAGCAGGACCCGACCAAGCGCCGUUAAGCCUGGUGCUACACAGCCACCCCUCGCCUGACUUCGCCCCUGCCCUGUUUGUCCGGAGUGAUUAAAGCGUGUGUGUCUUUUUGGCAA